AUGUUCGUUCGCUCCGCGCGUACUCUCGCUGUCGCCUCGCGCACCCCCAUUGCCAACAACUCGGCUGUCGCUGGUCGUCGCUGGACGUCGAUUGAGCACCGUGGCGGCAAGUCUAAGCUCAUCUACCGCUUUGGCAUGAAGGACAUCCCGGUCGAGUUGUACCCUCUCGGCUUCGUUGUCUCCAUGGCCGUCGUCGGUGGUGCUAUUGCCGUCGGUCGUCACUUUGUUGUCGACAAAGAGCUGCGUCUCAGGCGCUCUGGCGGCAGCCCGGACAUCAACAAGAGCUCCUAAGUUUCCCCGGAGGCGAUCACAAAGUGAACAGCGAAUUACGAAGAAGCACUGCAAGAAG